UCUGCUGGUACUUCAGUCUGAUAACAGAGCAGAGAGGCAGUGGAGCCAUGGCGAGUCCCGGACAGAAAGUGGUGCUGAUCACUGGCUGCUCCUCCGGUAUCGGCCUGAGGAUGGCUGUGAUGCUGGCGAAGGAUGAACAGAAGCGUUAUCACGUCAUUGCCACGAUGCGUGAUCUGAAACGUAAAGAUAAGCUAGUAGAAGCUGCCGGGGAUGCGUAUGGGAAAACUCUUUCUCUGGCUGUACUUGAUGUCUGCAGCGAUGAGUCCGUCAAACAGUGUAUCAAUGGCAUCAAAGAUCGACACGUGGAUGUCCUUAUCAAUAAUGCAGGUAUUGGCCUGGUGGGUCCUGUGGAGAGCAUCCCCAUGGAAGAGAUGAAGAAAGUGUUUGAGACCAAUGUGUUUGGAGUGAUCCGUAUGAUAAAGGAGGUGAUGCCUGAUAUGAAGAAAAGAAGAGGAGGACACAUCAUUGUGGUCAGCAGCGUGAUGGGAUUGCAAGGUGUGGUGUUUAAUGACGUGUAUGCAGCAUCCAAGUUUGCCAUGGAGGGCUUCUGUGAGAGUUUGGCUGUGCAACUCUUAAAGUUUAACGUCACAUUGUCAUUGAUUGAGCCGGGUCCAGUGCAUACAGAAUUUGAGGCAAAGAUGAUUCAGGAAGUGAAACAGAGGGAGUGUCCUGGGGCUGAUCCUGACACAGUGCAUUACUUCAAGAACGUCUACCUUCCUUCUUCUCUUGACAUCUUUGAGGUACUGGGACAAACACCUGAUGACAUCGCCAGAUGCACCAAGAAAGUGAUUGAAGCAAGCAGACCACGUUUCCGUAACCUGACCAACCCUAUGUACACGCCUAUUGUAGCAUUGAAAUACGCUGAUGAAACUGGAGGCCUGUCUGUCCAUGCCUUCUACCACAUGCUCUUCAACCUCGGCUCUCUCAUGCACAUCAGCAUGACCGCUAUGAAGUACCUCACCUGUGGAUGUCUGAGGAGCAGGACAAUUUCACCAAAUUAAAAACUCUGUACACCAGUGUGAAUAACACAAACACUCUGAGUUUAUAGACCAGAAUAAACACCUCUACUUAGGCUGUCAGAAGAUCACGAAAAACAUAUAAUGCAUAAUACAUAAUACAUAAUACAGCACCUGCCCGAGGUCAAGUAGCAAAAGUCACUUUGUUACAAAUAAAGAAAAAAAUCCAUUAACAAAUCCAUCCAACAAUUUCAAAGAGUUUUGUGACCUGCCAUAUUUCGUGCUUUAUAUAUGCAGUCUGUAUUGUACUGAGCAAUCUUCUCUAUAUUCUUAUUUCUGUAUAAAACUGUGGCUUAUGAAUGUAUAAAAUACAACACCUAUGUCCACAUGAGCUGAAAUACAAUAACAGUUUUCAAAUCUAUUGUAGCCAACCCAGAGUGCCAAAUAAGAUUUGCACCAAUGAGACAACAUUCUGCAGCCUGAUUUCAUUAUUUUACCCAAAUCAGACUGUUUUGGUUCAGAGUGAUAGGUAUACAACUUGUUCAAUUUGUAGCCUAUGUAUUUGCAUCUAUUUACACAUUUUUCAAAUACUGUUAAUGUAUUGGUACGACUGUUUUGGCAUUAAAAUUGUAAUUUAUACCUUUCAGGAGCUGUGUUGGUGCUUCUGAUGGUUUUCACAAAUUUGUGGUUGCAUUCUCAUUACUCAUGAUUAUGAUAACUGUUUCAUUAGCUGCACACACAAGUGUCCUCAUUUCCUUUCCUGUAGAAGACUCUUACUUGACAGUGUCUCUGUCAUUUCUCUCAGGUUAACAUUAUAGCCUGACCAAUUCUCAAUUUCUGAGUAUCGUAUCUGUAAAGGAAUCUUUUUGUUUCUAACCUUUUAGGUCUUUAAUUAGUAAUAGUUUACUUUCUGUAUCUAGGAUGGAUGCGAAAACACAUGGAUAACGUCAAACUCUUGCAGUCACCGAUGGUAGCUGUUGUCGUAGUAAUCAAGGUCGUAAUGAUAUCAUGGACUGAGAAGGGGGUCUGGGGGGGUCUAGUUAUACAAGAGCCCUUCAGCUAAGAGACAAACUGUCUUCCUUGAGAUUCCUUGUAGAAUGUGACUUAGGUGAAUGUAAUUCAUUGUUUAGGACUGAUGUAUGUGCUUGUGUGGGUUUAUAUAUACCUGUUGCAUGGGACAGCUUCAGGUUUGGGAUGGCACUACAGUACUUAACCUGUUAAUGUUUGUAAUUGUCCAUUGCCUAU